GUUUUUCUCUACUGUCUCCCUCAUCUCUUCCGUACCGUCUCCAAGACAUAGAUACGUCCGCAUAUAUAUACCCUUCCAUUACUAUAAUAAUAUAAUAAUAAUAAUACCUGGCUUCCCUCCGACUCCGCCUGCUCUCUCUCCCUCUCUCUCUCUCUCUCUCAGUUCCACUGCUGAAUAAUGCGAAAUUGAUAACACAACCAUUGAUUGUUUGCUGAUAAUUAACUGCUCCGAGAUCUGAAGCGUUUUGGAGGCUCAAUUUCAGAUAUAUUUUGAGAGGAAGUCCGAUUUCUAUUAUUAAUGACACCUGGAUGAGAUCGGGUGUGUGCUUUAUGUGCUUAAAGGAUGAAAGGAGGUUUCUAUGGACUGAUGGGUAAACAGAUCUCUCUCAUCCUCAUAGCUCUUGUCUGUUCAACCAUUCUUAUUUGGGCAUGGGAGAAAACUCCUCUCCUCUCCCCCUUACUUCCACCUGAGGAUCGCUUGUUGCAGCUGUCUCCAGAGACUCUGUUGCGUGUUCCAACAGCUUUGAAACCACACAUAUCUUCAGUUACGGAAAAAGAGGUGGUAAAUGAGCAUCAUGAAGAAAUCUCUCCUGGAAUUGAGAAGAGCAAAACAGAUGUAAUAGCAACGCCUUUUGAGGAGAAAGGAGAUGUGUCUGAGAGAGAAAUGGCCAAGAAGCAAGAAGAGAGAAAACAUUCACCCGAAGUGGUUUCCGAGAACAACGUUCAUGUUGAGGAGAGAGAGGAAGAAGUUAAUGACAAUUUUGCUUUAGAAGGUGAACGCCAAGCAAAAGGAAGUGCCAAUGUAGAAGCACCUGUGGCUUCCGCAAAUGCCAGCUCUUUUAUUGGGGACAAAGUAACUCGUGUGGAAAAGCAAGCAUGUAACUAUGCCAAAGGGAAAUGGGUUGUAGAUGAUAGUCGGCCUUUGUAUUCUGGGUUUGGUUGCAAGCAGUGGCUUUCAGCGAUGUGGGCUUGCCGCUUGACACAGCGUACAGAUUUUGCAUAUGAGAAAUUGCGAUGGCAGCCAAACAAUUGUGCAAUGGAAGAGUUUACAGCGUCAAAUUUUUUGGAAAGGAUGCAACACAAAACCAUUGCCUUUGUUGGGGAUUCAUUGGGCCGACAGCAGUUUCAGUCUCUAAUGUGCAUGGCCACGGGUGGUAAAGAGAUGUCUGAUGUUCUUGAUGUGGGGAAGGAGUAUGGUCUUGUCAAGGCGAAGGGCUCUAUACGCCCUGAUGGGUGGGCUUAUCGUUUCCCAAGGACCAAUACUACCAUCCUUUACUACUGGUCGGCAAGUCUUGCUGACUUGGAGCCACUUGACAUCACCAACCGUUUAACAGAUUAUGCCAUGCACCUUGAUAGGCCGCCGGCAUUUUUGCGGCGUUUUCUUCCCAAAUUUAACGUCUUGGUUCUCAAUACAGGACAUCAUUGGAACAGAGGGAAGUUUACGGCAAACCGAUGGGUCAUGCAUGUGGGGGGUGUUCCUAACAUUGACAGAAAAAUUGCAGAUAUUGGAGGUGCAAAAAAUUUCACAAUUUACAGUAUAGUCCACUGGGUGGACUCAGAGCUUUUAAAAUAUCCAGGGUUGAAAGCAUUUUACCGGACUAUCUCCCCAAGGCAUUUCUUCAAUGGGGAUUGGAAUACUGGGGGUACUUGUGACAAUACUACCCCAUCCCUUCAGGAAGUUUUACAAGAUGAGUCUAGUGAUCCUGUUGCUGCUGGGGCGGUGAAGGGAACAAAGGUUACCCUUACGGACAUAACAGCUUUAUCUCAGCUGAGAGACGAGGGUCAUAUAUCGAGGUACAGCAUUAGGGCCACUCCGGGCAUGCAGGAUUGUUUGCAUUGGUGCUUACCUGGAGUUCCGGAUACAUGGAAUGAAAUCCUUUUUGCGCAAGUUUAGUCCAAUAAAACUGGUGUUGAGUGAAGAUUUCUAUUUACCAUACGGCUAGAAUUUUCAUGGCUUGGUAUAAAAAAGCAGACAAAUGCGAUACCCAUGUGGAGGAUCAAGGGGGAUAGAAGAGUAGGUGUCAACUGACGGAGUUGCUAUUGGAGCUUGUGUACCAAAUUUGAUUGCGUUGACGCUGCUGUAAUCAGGUAUCAACCCUAGUUCUUUACACCGUCAUCCUAAGGUACUCUGGUGAAUGUAAGUUAGCUGUAUUCUUUUACCUAUUCUUCAUUCUGCACCAUAUGUUACUGCUUAGGGCAGCAAAAGAGGGGGGAAUAUUUGACAUACAGAGAAUUUUCGAGGAAGAAAUAGCUCGUGCAGAUUAGUAGCUAAAGAUACAUCUCAGGCAGCCGAAAAUUAAGCCCUGCUGGCUUGACUUGUUGAGUUGUUUCUGCUUUUCCAAUAUCUGUACCGUAUGGUGUUACAUAUUGAUUAAUAUUUUGUGGCGAUGGCUAUAAAAAUCUCUCCAGUCAGGUUUACUUUCCA